UUAAAACGACGCCGUUCUUUCAUCGGAUCCUCGUUAAUUCCAGUUUUAUUUCUCGGCUUCACAAUCCAGGUUCGUCAAUUCAAUCGUCUUCAAGAAAUCCAAAGUUUCCCUAACAUCUCCCCCGACGCACGUGUGGAGCCGGUCGACGUCGACAAACUCCACAUCGCUCUCUCCCAUAGUUCUGUCGUUGUUUCCGUCUUCGCUAGACCGGUCCAUUUAGCGGGAAAUUAGUGGGAUUCGGCCGAGCUUUUUCUGAUAAUGGAUUGACUGCUUCAAUUUAUGAUGUCAUGGUACAAACCCUAAAUAUGUUACGUCAAUCUCCUCCGAUGGUUGAAGAACGGUGUGCGAAGGAAAAACCUUGUUGUCUUUGUCUCCAGUGGUGGUUCGAAAUUCCAAGUUGUUCAUCAGACGAUUUUUAUGGGAGAUGUUCAUGGACGCUGUGUUGUAUUAGUCACCAACACACAUGAUUGUGGAGGUGCAGAGUAUGCAUUAGAGAAUGACAUCCCAAUUAUAAUAUAUCCUAGAACACAAAACGAACUGGAAGGCCUGUCUUCAAACGAUCUUGUAGAUGCUCGAAGGCAAAGGGUAUUAUGGUUCGAAUGUGCAUAAAGCUGUCAUUGCUUCUAGUGCUAGAUAUUUGGGCCCCAUGAUCCAUUUUGUUGAUGAGAAGUAUGACAAUGGCCGAUUUCUCGCUCAAAGAAUUGUUCCUGUUCUUGCUAAUGACACUGCUGAAGAACUUGCUGCUAUGGUUCUUAGUCAGGAACAUAAAAUGUAUGUUGAGGUGGCAGCUGCAAUAUGUGAAGAACGUGUUAUUUGGAGAGAAGAUGGUGUUCCUAUCAUAAAAAGCAAAACUAACCCUCAACAUUAUAGUAGAGGGCAUAAAUCAGAGAUGAAGAUGAUGCAAAGCCUCUGAAGCUGGAUGGUGUUAUGAAAGAAAGCUCUUUGUAAUUGUCUUUUGUCGACCUAACAUGGGCAAAAUCAUCCAACAAGGGUAAAAAUCAUCACACUUAUGUGAUCAUGGAAGUUAUGCAAUGUAUGAAAGAUGUACUAGUGAGUUUGAAGUAUGUCUUGACUAGUUCUUUGUAGCUAAGGGUUUCUGCUCAUGUGUUUAGUAAAUAAAUUAUUGGUAGUUUGAUUGUAAUUUGAAUAAAUUCCAUGUUCUUGUUUUGGUGUUUGUUUACUUUUUUCUUUCUUUUUUGCUGACCUUUUAAUUUGGUCACUAGUUAUGUAAAAUAAAAAGGCAAUGCAAUUUGGUAUUUUGAUGUGGCA